AUGGAAACUUCACAAUUAGGCCAGUCGGAAGGGCCUCCUUACCCCUCGUUCAAGGAGCUUAAAUACGAGGAUGUACGUGUUCGCUUCUCUCCCGCUACCGAGCGACUCUUUUGGGAGCUUGAUGGUGUCUUCCCCACCGCGAUAUCCGUGAUGAAGGACAAGCGCGGUGCAAAGGAUGAUCUGGAACCAUUCUUCCGAUCAGACACUGGCACAUGGCACGAGAUCUCACAGCUGCCCCUUACCGAACCAAAGGUCUCGGCUCUUGAGGUUUCAGUCCACGACGUCAAUGAAUUGGAGUACCGUUGGAUGCGUUGCCAUGAGGACCACGAUAUGCCCCAGGACCUCUAUGGUCAAGAAUACGUCACCUACGGAGAUCUUGACGACGAUAUCCGGCCUUACGCGAAGGAACCCAAGGAGGACGGCAGCUGGGAGGAGGACUCGGACACAGAGUUUCUCAUCAAGUGCUGUGGAGAGGACAGACCGCUUGGGAAGAGAGAGCUGGAAUUGGUGGUUACGGCUUCUCAAUCAGCAGGCAGCGAAUCCUUUGUUACAAUCCGUGACUUUGUUAGUGCCGUUCAUCCCUGGGUUAUGAGCAUGCGCGGAGAUAUCCUUAGAGCGAAGGAUCUCUCAUAUGAGAAUGCCCAUAUACCGGCGGAGGAAUACGAAUGGAUGGUAAAGGUGAAAUACCAUUGUGUGGAACCACUCGAGAUAUGGGAAAAAAGGGAUUGGGUUGAGAGCCAUAGCCCGCCUGGUCCUCGAAGGCAUCCUCUACCUCCCUCGUUGGUAGCGAUCCUCGAGCAGAGACGUGUAAUAAGGGAAGCGGGCAUUCUAUUAUAG